AGCAAUAUGGCGGACGUCAAAGCAGCAAAUAAGUUACGAUGGAAGAAAUCUGAAAAGUAUCGCCGAAUACGGCGUAAAGAAACACGGGCGAAAGAAGAUAAAGAAAUCAAAGAGUUAGAGGAUCGUUGCAGAGAUCUAGAUGGUUUAGCCAAUGUGUCAAAGUUUUCUGAUCUACCUCUCUCACAAAGAACACUUCAAGGCUUGAUAGGUGCUGGCUAUUUGAUUCCAACUGAGAUUCAAAAGGCUGGAAUACCUAUCUCCUUAAAAGGCCAUGAUGUUUUGGGAGCUGCCAAAACUGGUUCAGGGAAAACCUUAGCUUUUCUUAUUCCCGUAAUUGAAGCAUUAUGGAGACAGCAGUGGUCAUCUAUUGAUGGUUUAGGUGCCCUUAUAAUCUCUCCAACACGUGAACUUGCAUAUCAAACCUUUGAAGUAUUAUGCAAGAUUGGCUGCAAACAUGAUCUCUCAGCUGGUCUUAUCAUUGGAGGAAAGGAUUUAAAACAUGAACAGGAGAGAAUAAGGAGAACAAACAUAGUAGUUUGCACCCCUGGACGACUUCUCCAGCACAUGGAUGAGACACCAGAUUUCACCUGCAACUCCCUACAAGUCCUUGUUUUGGAUGAAGCAGACAGAAUUCUAGACUUGGGGUUUGCUGCUACUCUGAAUGCCAUCAUCGAAAAUCUUCCAGAAGAGAGACAGACCAUGCUUUAUUCAGCAACUCAAACAAGAUCAGUACAGGAUCUUGCAAGGUUGAGUCUGCAGGAUCCUGAGUACAUUGCUGUACAUGAAAACUCAAGCACAAGCACUCCAAAAGGGCUAACUCAGAGUUAUGUUGUUUGUGAACUCCCAGAAAAGCUGAAUUUUCUAUAUUCCUUUAUCCGUAAUCACAUCAAGAGUAAGAUUCUUGUCUUUGUUUCAAGUUGUAAACAGGUAAAAUUUAUUUAUGAAUCUUUUCGUCGUCUACGUCCUGGAAUUCCAUUGAUGGCUCUAUAUGGAAAACAAAAACAGCUGAAGAGAGUAGCAAUUUAUAAUGACUUCUGUAAGAAGACAGAGGCUGUGUUAUUUGCUACAGAUAUUGCAGCCAGGGGUCUGGACAUUCCUGCAGUACACUGGGUGAUCCAACUGGACUGUCCAGAGGAUGCCAACACAUACAUUCAUCGAGCUGGAAGAACAGCUAGGUAUCAAAAGAAUGGUCAGUCUUUGUUGGUGUUGUUACCUUCAGAAGAACAAGAAAUGAUCAAGGCUCUAGAAGAAAAAAAGAUACCCAUAAACAGAAUAAGAGUAAACCCACAGAAGCUUGGGUCAAUUCAAAAGAAACUUGAAGCUUUCUGUGCGCAAGACUUGGAAAUAAAGCAGUGGGCACAAAAGAGUAUUGUAUCGUACGCAAGAUCCGUGUUUUUACAGUCAAACAAAAAGAUUUUCGAUGUCAAUCAGUUGCCGUUGGACGCGUUCGCUCAAUCACUUGGAUUACCCAAUCCUCCUCGGAUUAGAUUUCUCAAGAAAGCCGAGAAAAGGUAUGGUAAGCAAGAUGACUCGCAGAUUGACGUCAUCGGUCUGAGCAGUCGAUUGGAAGAAAACAGUGGGAGCAGUGAUGAAGAGACUAGAGACGAGGAAAGUAACGACGCGAGGGAUCUGGGGAAUAGUGCAAAAAUGAUUGAUGUUAGCGCUCCACAAGAUGAUUUACUUGUUCUUAAGAAACGACACAUUGACUUUGACCCAGGCCCACCGUUAAAAGAGGAAGAAAUUCCAGAAAAAGAGAAGAAAUCAAGGAAACCAAAGAGCAAAAUUGCUGUUGCCAAAAAGAUACUUAACAAAAACGUGAAGGUGAACACAAAGAUUGUGUUCGACGACGAAGGAGAGCCAGUAACGAUUGAAGGAGCUCCUCUCGAUCACACGGGUAAGCCUGAAUCAUCCAAUGAGACACUCGAACCAGUUCCCCUCAGUGAGAGCCACAAGCGUCAAGUAGGUGGAAUUUCGGUGGCAGAAUCGCGUGACUUGAUGCGCGAGGCAGAUUUGAUUGACAGGAAAGUGGAGCGGGAGCGAAUUAGAAGCAAGCACAAAGAACAAAGAAAGAAAAUCAAGAAACGACGACGCGAAGAACAGGGUUUCUCUGGUGUCAGUUUAGCUGAAGAUGAAAAGAGCGCAGAGGAAUCGUUUGAGUCUGAUGAAGAAACACCAGUGAGCCCAAAGAAGAGAAAACGAUUUCCAAAGGGUGAAAAAUCCAUAGAUAUCUCUUUGGAUUUGGCCCCUCAAGGAGCAUCUUUGGCAGAUGACGAGGAGCUCGCAUUACAGUUACUGACAGGAUCUUGAUAAAGAGGGAGACAUUUGGACUAAGAGAAACCGAGGAACACUCUCGUGAUACCUGGUCCCGGUCCCUAUAAAUAACGAGCCUCAAAGUGUGGAUUCCUUUUCACGUGAAAGGAAAAGCUCCCACUAACCUACCGCCAGAAAUACCACGUAUUCGACACGAUGUUCUGUGUUUGGAUUCUGCACAAGUAUCGUCCAAAUAGUACUUAUUUGGGCUACACAAAUACUCAGUCCAAAGGGUCACGACAAAAUUUAUGGAGCUCGAUGCCUCCCAAAAAACGGCUGCUACUAAGUGCAAAGGAAUAAAUGCAACCUCGUUCCCACUCCUCAAACCCUUUUAGGAAGAAGAGAGAGGGCCCUGGGAACAAGGUUGAAAUGAAUGCGGGGACCCUAGUUUAUGUCGUCGACAACUUUUGCUCAGUUCAUAUCUAACUUACACCAACAAGUUUAGGUUGACCUUCUCUAUCUAACACAAUGAUUGCCUCUCGCGAUAUUAAUUCUCAAUUUUACGCACUGUUGUGCGUUUAGAUUAGAGAAUUUAGGGUUAAAUCAGAGGGAAUCUUACCCCCCCC